AUGGGGCUCCGGUCCAGGAAUGUAGCUAGCGGGUCGGAGGAGCAGAGGGAGAAGAAAGCGGGCGCUCCUCCGGGGGACCUGGACCAAGGCGCUGGGCCGGACCGCGAUGGGGCGCUCCUGUUGGUGGGGGCGGCGGGUCGGGAGGACUUCAAGAGGGGCUCUCAGGGGUUCGGACUGCUGGCCAAGACCCCGCUGGGGUACACCCGGCCGGUCAAGAGGAAUAACAUCCGCCGGAGGAGGAUCCAGAACCUGAUUUACGACGCGCUGGAGAGACCCAGAGGCUGGGCGCUCCUGUACCACGCCUUCGUGUUUUUAAUAGUUCUGGGCUGCUUGAUUCUGGCCAUACUGACCACGUUCAAAGAGCACGAGAAGGUGUCGGCACACUGGCUGGUCAUCCUGGAAACCUUCACCAUCUUCAUAUUUGGGGCGGAGUUUGCUCUGAGGAUCUGGGCUGCAGGCUGCUGCUGUCGGUACAAAGGAUGGAGGGGGAGGCUCAAAUUCGCACGCAAGCCCCUGUGUAUUUUAGACAUCUUUGUGCUGAUUGCCUCGGUGCCGGUGGUGGCGGUGAGGAACCAGGGAAACGUCCUGGCCACGUCCCUGCGCAGUCUGCGCUUCCUGCAGAUCCUUCGGAUGCUGCGCAUGGACCGGCGGGGCGGCACCUGGAAACUGCUGGGCUCCGCCAUCUAUGCACACAGCAAGGAGCUGAUCACAGCCUGGUACAUCGGUUUCCUGUCUCUGAUCCUGGCUUCCUUCUUGGUCUACCUGGUGGAGAAGGAAGAUGUUUCAGUGGAGUUGUCGGACCCAGAUAAUCCCACCUCCCAGCCCAAACCCCAGGACUUUGACACCUACGCCGACGCUCUGUGGUGGGGCUUGAUCACGCUGACCACCAUUGGUUAUGGAGACAAGACUCCAAAGACGUGGGCAGGGAGGCUGUUAGCUGGCACCUUCGCUCUGAUCGGGGUUUCCUUCUUUGCUUUGCCUGCAGGGAUCCUGGGCUCCGGCUUGGCUCUGAAGGUCCAGGAGCAACACAGACAGAAGCACUUUGAGAAGCGCCGCCAUCCGGCUGCUGGGCUCAUCCAGUCUGCCUGGCGAUACUAUGCCACCAAUCCAAUCAGGGAGGACCUUAUUGCCACAUGGAGAUUCUAUGAAACGGUCAUCUCACUUCCCUGUUUCAGGAAGGAUCAUUUGGAGGGUAUUGCAAGUCAAAAGCUGACUUUACUUGAGCGUGUUCGUCUGCCCAACACACGGCCGGCAGCCGCGGCAGCCAAGAAGCCAUCUGCGGCUAACUCGGAGUUCAUUGAGGAGAGCCCCUCUAAGGACCCAAAACCGGCCGGCUUCAGUAACCGCGAACGCUUCCGUACUGCCUUCCGCAUGAAGGCCUACACACUCCGCCAGAGCUCUGAAGAUGCAGGGACCCUGGCAGAGCCAGCCUUAGAAGAGAGAGGCUUCCCCCCUGACAUUCUGCUGGAGGAGAUGAUCCCAACUCUGAAGCUGGUUAUCAGGGCAGUCAGGAUCAUGACAUUCCUGUUAAAUAAGAAGCGGUUUAAAGAGACUCUGAGGCCUUAUGACGUCAAAGACGUGAUUGAGCAGUACUCUGCUGGCCAUUUGGACAUGCUCUGUAGAAUCAAGUACCUCCAGACAAGAAUAGACAUGAUUCUUGCCCCUGGACCUCCGCUCACCCCGAAACAAAAGAAAACUCAGAAAGCACCCUUUAGCUACCCUCCAAAUCAGUCACCCAGGCACGAAUCCUUCCUAGCCAAAGCCUCCAUGCCAGAUUCUGAGGACCAAAGCUUGAUGGGUAAAUUUGUCAGAGUGGAGAGGCAGGUGGAGGACAUGGAGAAGAAGCUGGACUUCCUGGUGGACAUGCACAUCCAGCACACUGAGCACCUGCAGGUGGACUCUGCCGGCACUGCCCACAUGACCAUGGAGCCCUGCGACCCCGCGGGCGGAUCAGAGAUACGCCGUGUCUUCUUCAACUAUGCCGAAUCCUUUCCCCACAUGUCCUACCAGGUGCCUGUCAGCAAGGUCAGCCCUUACUAUCGCUACCACAAGGAGCCUGCAAGGGGUGCUGGAGCUACUGGCGGGGGAGAGGACUUCAGCUUGCCUGGCAGAAGCCACUUUCCUGCUCCAGAUCACCACCAACAACAUCACUUCUCUGCCCAAAUUCCCACAUACACAGAGAGGCCUACCGUGCUGCCUAUCAGCUCCCUGCAGGAUUAUUCCGCAUCUGGGAAUGGGGGGAGCAUGUUGGCAGGUGUGGGCAGGACCACAGGGGGGCGGGAGGCGGAUACACCGCUCUCCAUGCUCUCGGUUAACCAUGAGGAGCUGGAACGCUCGCCCAGCGGCUUCAGCAUCUCUGGGGAGCGGGACGAUGAGGAGGGAGGGGACUUCAACAUGGCAAAAGUGGGUGGGGGAGCCAACUGGACAAAAGACCGGCCCCGGCCGAGCUAUCUCGCCGAGGGUGAAACGGACACGGACACAGAUCCCUUCACGCCCAGUGGGGGUGCCCUGCCACUCUCGUCCACGGGGGAGGGGUUCCCUGAUACUGUGUGGAACACACCACCCUGA